AUGGUUAAAAGAACAAAUGAUUUACAAAAUAAAGAUUCUUUUAACGAUGAACUGCUUCUAGAAAUUCAGAAAAUUGAGGCAGAAUUAAAAAAAAAAAACGAUGAAUAUGAGGAGCUGAAUGAUAAAUAUAGAGAUAUAUAUGAUUCUUAUGUUUUGAUCAAAAACAAUUUAGAAGAAACAACAAAUAACUAUGAAGGAGAAAUAUUAAAAUUAGAAACGAUAUUAAGAGAAAAGGAGAAUGAACAUAUGGAUUUUACAGUCAAUUUCCAAGAGUUAUUAGAAGAAAAAUGUAAAUUAGAUAGAGAUAUUAAGAAUUAUGAAAAAGCCAUUUAUGAAAUAAACGAAAAUUUGAUAUCCUUAAAAGAAACACAUAAGGAAGAACUAAAGGAAAUUCAAGAUGAAAACACUAAUCUUUACGCACAAAUAGAAAAAUUUAAUGGAGAAUUAAAAAUAAUGAAAACAAAAAAUCAAGAGCUAGAAAAAAUUAAUGAAGAAGAAAAAAAGACAUUAAAAGAAGAAAAAGACAAGAUUAAAAUAGAACAAAACAAAAUAGAAGAAAAAAGAGUGCAGUUAGAAAAAAAAAGAGAAGAAAUAAAAAAAGAAAAAGAAAAAAUAGAAAAAGAAAGAGAAGAAAUAAAAAAAGAAAAAGAAAAAGUAGAAAAAGAAAGUGAAGAGAUAAAAAAAGAAAAAGAAAAAGUAGAAAAAGAAAGAGACGAAAUAGAAAAAGAAAGAGACGAAAUAAAAAAAGAAAAAGAACAAAUAAAAAAAGAAAAGCAUGAGUUAGAAUACAAUAUGAAGAAUAUGAUAAUAAUAAAUGAUGAUUUAAAAAAUGAAGUUGAUAUCCUUAAAGCGGAAAUUUUGAAAAUAGAAUGCAAUUCAAGGGAAACAGAGAAGAAAGCUGAUCAAUUAGAAAAUGAAAAUAAAAUGUUCAAGAAUGAAAUAGAAAAAAAGGAAAAAAUAAAUAGUGAUAUAUUGAAUGAAAUGAAUUCUUUAGAUAGCAAACUAAAGGAAUUAAAAAAUGUUAUGGAGGAUAAACAAGAUGAAGUUCUUAAAAGAGAUUCCAUCAUACAAAUUCUAUAUAAUAAAUUAAAAGAAAAAGAAAAUCAAAUUAUUUUAUUUCAGAAUGAGAACUUAUCUUUGAAAAAUUCUAAAAAAGAAUUAAAUAAAAAAUUGGAUGACAAAAGAAGUGAAAUGGAUAAAAUUGACAAUAAAUUACAUGAAAAAUUAGCUAUAUUGUUAAUAAAAAAAAAAGUCAAGGAAAGAAAUGAUUUACAUUUUGAUGGGCAUCCAUAUUCUUCUCUUUUAAAAAUAUUAUGGAAUGGUUAUGUAGACAUAUGCAAAUGCAUUUUAAAAACAAGGGAUGCAUAUUUAUACAGUGGAAAUAAAGAUCAUAGAUUUAUUUCUGCAUAUGAUACUGAUCUGUUUUUGGAUAUUAAAGAAGAAAAUGAGAAUAAAGGUUUGCUUUCUUAUAAAAAUGAAACAAGAGGUAUAUUUAAGAUAAAUGAAGAGGAAAUUAAAAACUUAAUUUAUAUAGGGCCUUUUAAUAAAUUUAACGGUUAUAAUGUUGGAAUUUGUAAUGAUAAGAAUAACUUAGAAGUGUCUAAAUGUAAUAUGUGUAGUUAUAUAUUUGAAGAAAUAUACGAAACAAAAAAAGGAACAAAGUUAGUUUUAAUAAAAGAAAAAGAAAGUGGGAAAUACUUAAGUGGAUUAAAUAGAAAUUUAUAUUUUGAUAAAAAAAAAAAAGGAGUCGACAAAUUAGAUUAUAUUAAUGUUGUAAGUAAAUUAAUUAAUUAUAUUACUAAUGAAACAGAAGAUAAUGAAAAUAUUAUUAUAAAAACAUCAGAUAAAAAAUUAAAAAUUGAAAGCGAAACAAAAACCUGUCUUGUAAAAAAAAGCGAUCCUUCAAUUACUGAAGAAAAGAAUGAAAAAAAGAAAAAUAUUAUUAGAGAAAAAAUAUAUCACAAAAAUGAAAAAAAGAAAAAUACAAAAUUAACUAAUAUAGUAAAUAAAAAUGAAAUAGCCGAGCAAGAAAUGAAUGAAGAAAAUAUGCAUAAUUAUAAAAUAGCUAAAGAUAUGUUGUUAAUUUCUAACAGUAAUAGUAGUACAGAAAAUGAAAGUGUUUUUAGUUUAAAAAACAAAAACAAUGAUCAAAAUGAGUUUACACAUAAUGUCUUAAACAAAUCAAUAGCAACCAAUUAUAUAGGUAAUGCCAAUAUGUCAUUUUUUAAUUCUUCAAAUAAUUCUGAUUAUAAUAACACAAAUGUCCUCUUAACAACAAAUAAAAAUGAAGCUAUUUUAUUUGAAAUUUUUAAUUAUGAGCAAAUAGUUGAACAUGAUGCUAUUAAAUUUGCUUCUGAAUGUAUUUUACAUUUCCUUUUAAAUUCUAAUCAUAAUUUACAAAGUAUUUCUAACAAAAACAGUGAAGAAAAUUCUAAUUAUUUUUCUACUAUUGAUGGAGAGUGGUGCAUCUUACCGGCAUAUUUAUAA